AUGGCAGUCAUCUCACCAGUCGAAGAGCCGGCUCCUACCCCGGCUGGCUCCUCAUCCCGCACUACCCUCCCAAAGCCGCCACGGCGAACGUCGGACUUCACGUACGCGCAACCUCGCAAUGCACCUCGCGAUCUGGACGCCACUCUGGCAUCAUGGGAUUCCGUUCCACUCUUCAUGCGCAAUCUGCCGGACAAUACCUCCUCCUCGAACGGUUCCUCUUCCACCGAAGAUACUUCUGGUACAGCUUUAGAAGCGCUCCAAUCACUCGUCUUUGACGCAACGCCCGACGAGGUCGCUUCUCAAUUCAAAUGUCAAGCAGACGAAUAUUUCCGUUCUCGUCGCUUUCGAGAAGCUCUUGGCUUUUACAAUCAAGCUGUUGAAGCCAAUGCUUCGGAUAAUUCUCUUCUCGAAACAAUCCAUGCUAACCGAGCAGCCUGUCAACUUGAAUUAGGAAACUUCGCCAGUGUCUUGAGGGAUACGAGUAAAGUGUUGCAGUUGAAUGCCAGCAAUGAAAAGGCUUAUUACAGAGCAGGCAAAGCUCUUUUAGCGUUGGAGAGGUAUGAGGAUGCCCUUGGCUGUUUGCAUUUGGGGGUUCAGGUUGGUCCGGAUAAUAGGGAGAUGGGCAGUCUGAAGAAGCAAGCGGAGGAGAAACUAGCGAAGAAGAACAAGUGCGAGCAAGAAAGGCGAGAACAGCAAAGGAGGCAGCAAGGAAUCCAAAAGGCGCUCCAUCAAGCUCUAUUAGCUCGUGGAUUGUGGUUGGAAAGUACAAGUCGACCUCCAGAUAACCCGAAACCUGUUCAUUUCGAUCCGCAGUCCCUGGCUCCCUCGUGCGACCCGGGGAAUCUUGCACUGACCUCGGCCUGGAAUCCGCCAGAUAUCAUCCGCACUCCUCUAGUAAUACCGGUAUUCUUCAUCUACCCACAACACGCCCAAAGCGAUUUCAUAAGCGAUUAUCACGAAGACACGAGCCUGUCCACCUACCUCUCUAUCAUGUUCCCACUCAAAGAUCUCGGUAAACUACCAUGGGACACCAGACGCGAAUACCACGAAACCAACCUUCGAGUCUAUGCCAGCACCAAGAGAAAGAGACUCUUGAAGAUCGGUAAGAAACUUACACUGCGCCAGGUCAUGCAUCACGCUUUUAAACAAGCCGAUCAGGGUAGAGGUCAAGAUAGCCUGGAGCAUCGAGAUGGUUUGGUAAUGCGCGAUGGGGUUUUGAGUUUGCUUGUUGUGCCUAAAGGAACGGCGGAGGAGGAGUGGGUUGCCAGUUUUAAGGCUGAGAGGGAGAGGGAGAAGGCGGAAUUGUAG